UGCGUUGCUGUCUCCUCCAAUGUGGCUGUCUGAGAUAACUUGGUAAUUGUUUCACUUAGACUGUGGCCUCAGUUUGAGCAACUGUUCGCGGGGCAGGUUGACAGAAGAGAACGCACACCACAGUUUGUGCUCGGCCCCCGGCAAACCAGAUCCGGCUGAGCGGAGGAGAGAAGCUCUACCACCGAGACGGAGAUUUCCUAGAGAGACCUAGAAGUGACUGGAGUUGCGUGGGCUGGCCACGGAUUGGAGAAUUCAAGGCCGGGGCUGUUGAGUCAAGGCCUCUGCAGGUCCGAAAGCUUGUGUGCAGCACUUCUCACCUUCCUUGUACCUGUGCUGCCACGGACAGCCUAUGCAAAGGAAAUACUUGAAUUAAAUCUUCUCAAAGUAUAAAACUCAACUGAAUAAGCCUUCUGAGCACUUAAAGCUCAGGAUUGCUACUAGAUUGAUGGAGGCUGUAACCAUGGACAACCAAAUCUCAGAAGAGGAAUUGGAACUUUUAACAGUGAAGGUGAAGGAGGAAGAUGACUCCUGGGACCAGGAAUCUAGCUUAAGAAGAGAUAAACUCUCUCCUCAGGAGAUUUUCCGUCAGCGAUUCAGACAGUUCUGCUACCAGGAGACCCCUGGACCACGUGAGACGCUGAACCAACUCCGGAAUCUUUGUCGUCAGUGGCUGAGGCCAAAAAUGCACACAAAAGAACAGAUCCUGGAGUUGCUGGUGCUAGAGCAGUUCCUAACCAUCCUGCCCAAGGAAGUCCAGGCCUGGGUGAGAGAACAUCGUCCAAAGAACGGAGAGGAAGUGGUCACUGUAUUGGAGGAUUUGGAGAGAAAGCCUGAUGAACCAGGACAGCAGGUCCCAAACUGUGCUUAUGAACAAGAGGUUCUUUCAGAGGAGAUGGUACAUAAGGAAUCAUGGCACGGCCAGCUCGAUACCAUGGAGGCCCAGGUCAAGUGUGAGUUUCCAGAGCUUCAUGCCCUACAAGAGAGAGUUAAUGACACCAAGUCCAACUUAAUUCCUGAAGAGAAAUAUUCAGAAGAAAUGGAACCACAAAGGAAAAUAUCUGACAGACUCAACUGUGAGGUUUCCCAGGUCCUACAGUAUGGAGAAACCUGUGAACAUGAUGAAGAGUUAAAAACACAGCAGGGAAACCCUAUAAGAGGGAGACGACAUAAAUGUGAUGAGUGUGGGAAAAGCUUCACUCAAAGUUCAGAUCUUAUUCGACACUGGAGAGUCCAUACUGGAGAGAAACCCUAUGAAUGUAAUCAGUGUGGGAAAGCUUUUAGCCAGAGUACAGGUCUUAUUCUACAUCAAAGAAUCCAUAGUGGGGAGAAACCUUACAAAUGUAAUGAGUGUGGGAAAGCCUUUAGUCACAAUUCACAUCUUAUUAGGCAUUGGAGAAUACAUAGUGGGGAGAAACCCUAUGAAUGUGAUGAAUGUGGGAAAGCCUUCAGUAAGAGGUCAGGUCUUACUGAACAUCAAAGAAUUCACAGUGGAGAGAGACCCUUCAAAUGCAAAGCAUGUGGGAAAGCUUUCAGUAGGAAAAGUGACCUUGCUGAACAUCAGAUGAUACAUACAGGGGAGAAAGCCUAUCGAUGUGAUGAGUGUGGAAAAGCCUUCUUUCACAAGUCAAGUCUUAUUCGACAUCAGAGAAUUCAUACAGGGGAGAAACCUUAUAAAUGUGAUGAAUGUGGAAAAGCUUUUAGAGAAACAUCAGUGCUUAUUGAACACCAGAGAAUUCACACUGGUGAAAAACCAUACAAAUGUGAUCAUUGUGGAAAAGCUUUUAGAAAGAAGUCACGCCUAAUUGGACAUCAGAGAAGUCACACUGGAGUGAGGCCAUAUAAAUGUAAAGAAUGUGGGAAAGCUUUCAGUGGCAAUGCUGGCCUUAUUGAACAUCAUAGAAUACACACUGGGGAGAAACCAUAUAAAUGUGGUAAAUGUGGGAAAGACUUUAGAAAGAGGUCUGGUCUUAUUGAACAUCAGAGAAUUCACACUGGAGUGAGAUCCUAUAAAUGUAAAGAAUGUGGGAAAGCUUUCCAUGGUAACACUGUCCUUAAUGAACACCAGAGAAUUCAUACUGGUGAAAAACCUCACAAAUGUAUUAAGUGUGGAAAAGCCUUCAUAAAAAAGUCAGGUCUUACUGAACAUCAGAGAAGCCACACUGGAGAGAGACCCUACAAGUGUAAAGAAUGUGGGAAAGGCUUUAGUGGGAGUACAGGACUUAUCCAACAUCAGAGAAUCCACACUGGGGAGAAAGCAUUUCAGUGUGAUGUAUGUGGCAAAGAAUUUAUUUGGAGAUCAAGCCUUAUUCAACAUCAGAGAAUCCAUACUGGAGAGAAACCUUUUCAAUGUGAUGUGUGUGGUAAAGAGUUCCUUUGGAGGUCAAGCCUUAUUCAACAUCAGAGAAUCCACAAUGUAGAAAAAUAUAUUUCCAAAUAGAAUGAAGGAAGUCUUCGAGUGAACUAUUAAGUAUUAAUCAAGAAUUAUUCAUCAUGUGAGAAACCACAUAUGUGAAAAUAGACUAAAAAUAAUUAGGACUCUUUUUUUUAAAAGAUUCAGCCCAAAAAAUAGGAUGAAAGUCUAGAAAUCAUAAAGAAUUUUGAUAGGGUAAACAUGGGCUUAAAGGAAACACUGUAUUGUAUGGGAGUAAACAUUUUAUUUGUUACCCCAUGAAAGUGAUAUAUGGUAAUAAAUAUAAAUUAGCCUAAGCAGGACUUAGAUGAAUUUAGUAGGAUGGUAGAACAAGAAAUGUUUACAAGUCUAACCUUGCUUUUAUCACAGUCUCACUAGAAUGCAAGGCUGAACUUGUUUGUAUAGUUUUAGUAUUUAGAGUAGUAUACUGAUUACUUGGGACAAAGUAAAAUAAACAUAUUGACUUAUACAAUAAA